AUGGAAGACCCAUGGAUUAUACACAUACCGACUGAUUCGCCCGAUGACCCAGAUUGGACUAUGGAUUCGAAUUCAAUCACCGAUUCAGAAACGUUUCCUGGAACCGACGCAGAAACCGGCGAUGAGAUGUACUCGGAUGUCCUAACGGACACCGAGUCUGAUCCUUCAGAGAUAGACUCAGAAGCCGAGUCUGGGAUCGUUUCCCCCACGGACGUCGAGGUCUCUUCUGAUACAAGCUCGGAGUCGAUGCAUUCGGAUAUGGAUACAGAGACGAACGAUAAAGCGGGCUUUGGAGGUGUUUCUGUGGCUGGCCGGGGGAUAGUCUCUAUUACAGGCUCCGUACGCAGUGACGAAAAUAUUGAGCUUGGUUUGGUGAGGGAGCGGGGAAUGACCUCUUUGAGUGACGAUGAGAGGGAGUCGGUAAUGGCGUUGAUAGAUGCGGCGAUGACUGAGAUGGGCGUGAAUAUUGACCCUGAAAUUGGCUUUGGUAUUGGUAACGAAGAGACCUUGAGAAUCGGCUCUGUUGGCUCUGUUAGUUUUGGUUUCGAAGCUGGCUCCGUGGCUUCAGUGUAUAACGCUAAGAGCGCUUCUGAAGUUGGUUCUGGAGUUGGCUCUGAAGCCGAAUUUGAAACUUGCGUGGUCGACUCGGGUUUCUAUUCUGAGAUAGACAUUGAACGAGACGACAACACUGAUGCUGGAGCCAGCUGCGAAGCCAGCUGCGAAACCGGUGUGCUUGAUUCGGGGUUCGAGUCAGAAAGGGACGUCAAAGAAAACGACGAUAUAGGCGCUGAGAUGGAUCUGGGGUAUAACACAGACGCUGAAAUGAUCGUGAUCAAGUCGAACAUAGGGGAAAGCACGGAUUCAGGCUCAGAUUCAUGCUCUGACUCAGACAUCGAGUCGGACUCGGAAAUAGAGCUAGAGCUGGAGACAGAUCUCGACAGGGAGAUUCGAGAAAAGAUCACAAUGAAACUAUCCCGUACAAAGUACGCCUGCUCGACCCUAUUUCGACUCCGAAGCAUAAUCAAUUUUGUCUACAAAGGUUAUCUAUCCAGGCCUCUUGAUGGGAAAAUUAAGACUGUCGUCAUUAAGCAUGCAGAGCCCUUCCUUGCUGUCAAUAGGGCGUGGGACCUUCGAACGGACCGCUGUACCGGCGAAGGAACUGUCAUCAGAGCAUUAAACGAGAUGUUCGACGUCCGAGUUACGAACAUUACGCGCUUCAAAGGGACGUUCAGGACUAUCGUUCGAGCGCCCGAAUUAUACCAUAUUAACUACGCAGCGCAUAUUCUGAUAAUGGAGCACCUCCCAGACGCGAUCAACCUACAUAAAUUCCUUACAAACAUGCUCUGUCUCAGUGACGAACGCCUGCAUUCGUGGUGUUUCUUCAUUGGAAGUAACCUAGGCCACUGGCUGCACGCAUUCCACGAAUGGAUUGCAAAUGACCAGCAAAAGCAACUCGCGAAGGAUUUUGAUAAUAGUCUAAACAAAGCGAUGGCAGACCUGAAGUUCCACAUCAAUUAUGAGAAGCUUCUUGAUGCGGUGGAAAAGUAUCCCAAAAUACUGAAUAAGAAGAAGACCCGCAGGAUCUUCAGGAAGGUUGUUGAGAUGGCCCGGGCUGAAGUACGAGAGAGAAGUAAGAAUGGUAGGACAGGGCCUAUCCAUGGUGAUUUCUGGGCCGGGAAAUUAUCCAGCAUCAUCCUCCCCAUCACUGCCCUCCAGGAUCUCGAGAAAGAUCCCAAGCCCGAUCCUGACGCCGAAGAUGACCCCCGUCACAUCCCUUGCCCGCAGGCUACUCUGCUAAUUACUGACUGGGAGUUCGCCCAGUACGGCCCUCAUGCUCUCGACAUCGGACGAAUGGUCGCGGAACUCUAUAUGUUGCACCACUUCCAAGGUAUUGAGGCUGCCAGCUCGAUGUUGGAAGGGUUUUUGGAUGGAUACGAGCAUAUCACCAUGGAGACAUCUUACCGCAUGCUCAUCCACAUCGGCGUGCACUUUAUCGUUUGGGGGAGCAGACGCGCGAAUGGCGUAGGGACAGAGAAGCAAGUCCGAAAACUGAUUAAACUCGGCCGAAAGUUUAUUGUCAAGGGGUGGAAAAGAGACCGGUACGCGUUCAUGGGGGAUUUCUGGAAUUGCUUGUUCAAGGGGUAUUCAGAUUAA